CGCCAAUGAGGCCGGGGCGGCGGCUGCCGUCAGCGCGGCGCCCCCAGGCCCGGCGCAGGGGCGGCGGGCAGAGCUGUGCGGCUCCGCCGGCCGCAGAACCGCGCCCCGGGCCGUCCCGCCGCGUGCCUGCGCCGCGCCGCCAUGUCGCGGCUCAGCCCGCAGGAGGAGAACCUGCAGGGAUCCUGGGUAGAGCUCCACUUCAGCAGCAAUGGGAAUGGCAAUGGAAACAAUUCCACACCGACGAGCCAAGAACAAGUACCGGCCUCCAUCUCCAUUCACAACGGCGACAUGGAGAAAAUACUUCUUGAUGCUCAGCAUGAAUCUGGAAGAAGCAGUUCAAGAGAAAGUUCGCAUUGUGACAGCCCUCCUCGUUCCCAGACACCUCAAGACAGUCAUAGAGCUUUGGAAAUAGAGAGUCACAGCAGUGGAGAAAAAAAUAGCUUUCAGUCUGAAGAAGACUUUCUUGAAAGGAGGAAAGAAGUAGAAAGGCUCCUGAAGAAAAAUGCAGAUUGGAUAUGGGAUUGGUCCAGCAGGCCAGAGAACAUCCCACCGAAGGAAUUCCUUUUCAAACAUCCCAGGCGCACAGCCACUCUCAGCAUGAGAAAUACCAGUGUAAUGAAGAAAGGGGGCAUAUUCUCAGCAGAAUUUUUGAAGGUUUUCCUUCCGUCUCUGCUUCUUUCUCAUUUGCUUGCUAUUGGACUAGGGAUUUACAUUGGAAGACGCCUUACGACCACAGCUUCAAGCAGUACUUUUUGAAGGCACCUGAAACGUGAUUUCAAAGCAAAGAAAAUGUUCAUCGGGGAAUACGGGAGGUGAACAGCAGAAACAUCCAUGCUAGCAACGACUACACGAUCAGCGUAUACUUGUUCUGUAAAUGUUGUGUUCCUAGUUCAGUAAGAAUGGGAGAAGACACUAAAGCUAACGUAUCAUACGUAGUAUUCUGGAGCAAUUCUCAUAAUGCAUCUGAAUCGUGCUCUAACAUCCACUGCAUUGCUUUGUAGUGAAGUAUCUUUGAAAACUAAAAGAAUUUGAUGUUUAAAAACAAAAUCUUAGCUUUAGUUGAGUGUCUAGCUGAAUCACCACUGCAAUAUUAAAGUGCUGUUUCUUUAUAUAUCAUAGAUGUGAAUGGUUGUCACUGCUACUGUAGUCACGACAAUAAGGGAUUAGCCCAAAACAAUGUGUGGCCUUAUGUAUCAUAUACAGGAAUUCAGAAAAAGCUUUUUACCUCACUUGAAGCUGUUCCUUCCUUCCUUAGAUUCUGCUUAGCUCUUCAACUUUUGUGUGAGAUGUGAAAUGUGAGAGACUGUCAGCUGGAAUAAGUUAGUGUAUUGGUAAAGCUUCCAUCAAUAUUUACUCAUUCAGAGUGUGAUACGCAAAAGGCUGGACUAAAAUUUGGACCUUAGUGCCUAAUAAAUAGUUUCUUCUAUAAAGGCGUAUAUUUAACUCCCCAAUUAAUACAAGUUCUUUCUGCUGGAUCUUCUUGCAGCCUAUUGCUUCUCAGUCUUUUUAUCUGUAAAAUAAAUUUGCAUCUUCUAUUUGCUUCAUCCUUGUAUAGAUUUAAAAAAAGGUUUGCUUGCUUAUUUGUUUGUACUAAUUGAAUGCCUUUUCAGUAAUUUUAUCUUAUUUAAUGAGAAUAAAUGAAUGUUUGCCAAAUUAUCAUGUUUUGUAUAUUUAAAUAAAAAGGUUCCUC